UCAUUGGUUCACCUGCAUAAAUGCAUCAACCAACCGCUUCGCAUUCACCUGCGCAACGAGUGACAUUCCUCUGAUGGAUCGAUGUAUGGCGACAGCGAUAAUAAAUCCCUUCCUUACCUCUCGGUACCCCCGCUCGUUGAGAAGGCCACGCAUGAAGUCUCGGCAGCCUCUUCCGUCACCAGACUGCGAACAAAUCGAACACCUCCAAUGUACUUGUGUAUGUCUUUGUGCGUCCCAUCCUGCCUUACCUUCCGUGUGUGCCUGGCAUCUUCAGCAUGGGUAAUGGAUGGGCCGCCCUUCCGAAACGAGACACUUGAUUGCGAUCGGGCACCCGCCAUGGUACCCGCCAACGCCACCGAUGGUGACUGGUCCGGAGAGACAGUGGAGACUUGCGUGCUGCUGGACGGCUCGGACCGGAAUUUGGCAUUCUUUUCGGCCUCUUGAAGCGUCUCUUCCCAUUUCCUGGCAGCAGCAGCCUUGCCACCCGCUUGCUCGGCUUCGACUGCCAGGAGAAAAUUGUGACAAAAUGGUAGGAUGGGGGCAGGAGAGACGUGAGUGCUAUGUGUGAGUGCGUACUUUGCCUGAUGUUUGCCUCUGUGAGAGCCACUUGGACGGGCGAGGGCGCAGCUCGGGCGGUCUUAGCUCCUGCAGGAUCGGUGGCCAAGAGAUUGCAUACUUAGGCCUUUCGCGGGCGCCAGGGUACAUUUGGAAAAGCCUUGCUCACCUCUUGUUCCGCUUGGGACCGCCUUCAAUCUCGAAGUGACGGCCUGAAGAGACAGCGACGUGAGAUUCUGUCGCGCUUCACAAGUCGCAGCGUACCUUUGGUCCGGCUGCAAACUGCAGUGGCCCUCGCUCAGUGACUGUCUUACCGGCGGCGAAGGUUGUACCACUGUCAAUACAGCAUGGCGAGAUUGGGUGUGAUGUGAGUCUUAUGCUGCUUCGAUUGUUCCUUCUUUCCUUGUCUCACGUCGUUCUCGAUGAUGGUGUCUCCUUUGGCAGUGGACCGUACAACGGGUAUACGCACAACGGUCCACACGCCUCCGCCACCUCUGUCCUCUUCUCAGCUGGUGCCUCCCCGCUCUCAGGCGAAGUGCCGUCCUCUUCUCGCUUGUCAUCCGCUUUUUUCGCUGCCCUUUUCCCUCGCGAGAUGAGCUCUUCUAUGUUUGUGGCAAGGCAGACACCAUGCCGGCCGACAACAGGCGUAAGUCGACGUAGGCGAUGUGAUGUAGAGGGGAAUGCGAAAGGAUCUACAGCUGGGAGAUCGGCUUCAGAAGACGAAGCAGGCGCAUUUGUGGUCGACCUGGAGGCGCUCCUGGCAUACUUGCAUACCUGCGGACGGGGAACCAUGAGACACAGCACAGCAGCAUGCAUCAUGCAUUUGCUCGGACUUUCUCUCGCCAUGGCUUCUCACUUUCGUCCCCCUGGCCACAUCGAUGACUCGCAUCUCACCCCUCGCAUCCAGCCCCACCACAAUGGGACGAGCCACAGAGGGCUCACCGCUGUCGACAGACAGGUUCUGGACCGGCACAUUCUCGCCGUUCUCCGUGGGCGACAGGCGCAGGGGAGCUGUAUGUGUGUUGACGGACGAAGAUGGGGUGGGCGAGGCCAAAGUUGUGAAGACAGCGGACACGUGAAUAACUGGAGGGGGGUUGCCAGGGGGAGUGAAGGACAGCCGAAACAAAAGAACCCCGGAUGCGCUCGCAUACCCAUGGACGUGCGCAUCUGUGCCCGCGGUGAUGAGCAAGCGGUUGCCAGGCGGGCCAAACGUCAUAGCAGUGACUCUCGAGUAGUGCCGUCUCCCCACCGCAGCCAAGGCUAGCGUCUCGGAGUCGAAAAUGAGUGGCGCGCCAGACUCCAGACCAACCGCGAAGUGGUUGCCGCCUGCAAGUGGCGGACAGCUGAGGGGAGAUGUUAGGGUCCACCGCUCUCGCACAGCCAACAUAAGCGGGCUGGCAGCGUCCUCCUGCAGACACCAAAAGAGAGACAGAGAACUUAUGCGGACUCUCACAAAAGCCAUUCAUCACCUGCUGUGGUGGCACAGCGAAGGCGAAUACCAGUGGACGUCCCAGCGCACCCACAAUGAUAUAUGGAGAUGCCCGCGUAGCCCCAUCACGCAGCCCGCCCCGUCGGCAGCUGUCGCUGAUCGGUGGGCGAUUGGGAUGCAAAAGAUGAACAUUAGUCACACAGAAGACGUUCUGCUGACCAGCCUGACCAGCUACAGGCUCUUCUGUACCACUUCCGUAGACAGGCAGGGGGGAAGAGAGAAAAGGUGAAUCAUGGGAAUGGACUGAUAGAGGUGCUUCAGGGCUUGACGUGGGAUCGGGCACAAUCGCAAAAGGUGUCGUGACGGUGGCUACAGGCUUGGUCUCUGCUGGCUUCGUCUCUCUGGAGGGCCCCAAGUCUGCGAUUGAUCCUGCCUUGAGGUCGGCUGGCUCGGCGUCUCUGUGAGUGGACGACAGCGGACUCGACGAAGCUCCCCGGCCCCCCAAUGUGCGGUCUUGAAGUGGUGUGUCGGGGAGGGGGAGUGAGAAUAGCCAAUACUGAUGGGUCGACGACUCACAUACCAACAGCUGUAACGACAAAGCAGCGGAACAGUGACAGUGGCGUUUGAUUGGUGUCUCUGUAUCAUUGGUAACCUGGUUGUUCUCGCCAGCACUCAAGCGAGCCUCGCACACGACAGGCAGCUCGCUUGUCACCUCUGGCAGAAGCAGCCCUUCACCUUCCGGCACGACACGGCACACCGGCCGGAAAAAGGGUUGUUUGGUGGAAACGCAAUAAACAGCUGCAGCCAGCAUUCCCUCUCUCUUCUCCUCCCCACUUGUUGUGAAAUAGGGCACUUUCGACGCCGGAAACACCGCUACACACGGUGGUGUCCACCCUCCUUCGGCCCACCCUCCCUCGGGCAGCCCCUUAGCAUGAAGCCAGCUCGGGUUGGACGUUCGGAUCAUCCACACUCCCCCCACAGCACUCUUUUCAGCUUCUCCAGCUGCUGUGCCUUCGCCACCUGAAGGGCUGUCAGCAUUGGCUGUCCGUGGAGGGGCUGAAGAUGAGACAGAGGCACUGCUCUCGACCGCGAACGCCGGCCGACGUUCAAGCACAGCAGACGCCACACUGUCAGGGCUCAGCCUCCCCGGUGGUGAUGGUGCGAUGGCCAUAUCAAUCAGACACAGCUCUCCCUCCGAUGUGCCGCCCACCGCCCAAUCACACAUGCGUCCCAAAGAGGGCAGCCCGCUCCCAAAUGAUGCUGGAACCGGCCAAUCGCUGGGCAGCAGCGGUCCCGCGACAGCAUUGAAGCGGCCAGUGACGGUCAGCAGUUGUGACCAUGCGGGGAGGGACAGCUCGUUCUCAUGGGCCCCUCUUUUUUUCUCAAUCUCCUCGAUGCCUUCAUCCACAUUCUGCUCGUGCACACAACGGGAAGAAGCGCCCACAGCCAGAGGUCACAAAGACACUCUCCUGUAUGUAUGUGUUUGUCCGUGCGAUGCCAUGGCACCUGGAGCACAGCGGUGAUGACCUUUUGGAUGAGACCUGUCAUGAUGAGAAGGCACAACCAACAAGAUGCGUUGCUGAUGGAAAACGCCUGAUGGUUGAGGGCUUACGGUAUGGCUGAGGGAGCCUGUCCACGGUGAGGGCUGGGUCCAU